UUUUAAGUUUCUAAUUUUUGUAAAUUCAAAAGUAAAAAUCUACGCAAAAAACUAAAAAAACAAAAUGGCAUCAGAAUUGGAUCAAUUUGCCGAGUUGGAAUUGUCAAAGGAAGAUCGCGAACAAAUAUUUGAUCCGCCUUUGGAUCGACCGCCGUUGGAAGGUGCUGGCACCUCAAGCAUUUCAACAUCGAAAAUUCUUAUUAGCGGCAUACCGCUGCAAACGCGUUUUGAAGACAUCGAACCUCUACUGAAGCCAUACGGCAUCGUCAAACAGUGUGAGGCUGUCUCUAGUAAGGACCCCAAUACUCAGACUGUACAUAUAACAUUCGAAAAUCCCGAUCAGGCUCAAAGAGCUGCUGGCGGAUUGAACGGUGUCGAAUUCGAGGGCAAUAAAUUGCACUCCGAGCCAUUGGAUAAAAAUCAACGUCGUACUAAUCGCAACCAACGCAAUCCAUAUCCCGGUAUGCCAGGACCCGGACGUCAAGCUGAUUUUCCGCUGCGCAUUCUUGUGCAAAGCGAAAUGGUUGGCGCCAUUAUUGGCCGUCAAGGUAGCACCAUACGUACGAUAACACAACAGAGUCGCGCACGUGUCGAUGUGCAUCGGAAGGAGAAUGUCGGUUCGCUAGAGAAGGCCAUAACCAUUUAUGGUAAUCCGGAGAAUUGUACAAAUGCAUGCAAGCGAAUUUUGGAGGUGAUGCAACAGGAGGCCAUCUCAACGAAUAAGGGCGACAUCUGUUUGAAAAUUCUCGCCCACAACAAUCUCAUCGGUCGCAUUAUUGGCAAAAAUGGCAACACCAUAAAGCGUAUCAUGCAAGAGACAGACACCAAGAUCACCGUCAGCUCGAUCAAUGACAUCAGCAGCUUCAAUUUGGAACGCAUAAUUACGGUUAAGGGCCAAAUUGACAAUAUGUCACGUGCCGAAGCGCAGAUUAGCUCGAAAUUGCGUCAAAGCUACGAGAAUGACUUGCAAGCAAUGGCACCACAAUCGCUUAUGUUCCCCGGCCUCCAUCCGAUGGCCAUGAUGUCGACACCCGGCAACGGUAUGGUCUUCAAUCCCAGCAUGCCAUAUCAAUCGUGCCCGGGCUUCCCGAUGUCUAAGACACCGGCGAGCGUGGUGCCGCCCGUCUUCCCCAAUGACAUGCAGGAGACCACAUACCUCUAUAUACCGAAUAAUGCGGUGGGUGCGAUUAUCGGCACCAAGGGCUCACAUAUACGCAGCAUAAUGCGUUUUUCGAAUGCCUCGCUCAAGAUCGCCCCGAUCGACACCGAUAAGCCGGCCGAUAUGCAAACCGAACGAAAGGUGACGAUCGUCGGUACGCCGGAGGGUCAAUGGAAGGCGCAGUAUAUGAUUUUCGAAAAGAUGCGCGAGGAGGGUUUCAUGUGCGGCACCGAAGAUGUGCGACUAACUGUCGAAAUAAUGGUGGCCAGUUCGCAGGUGGGCCGAAUAAUUGGCAAGGGCGGUCAGAAUGUUCGUGACUUGCAACGCGUCACUGGCAGUGUAAUCAAACUGCCAGAGCAUGCGGUGGCGCCAGCAGCGGGUGGUGAUGAGGAGACGCCCGUGCACAUAAUUGGUCAAUUCUAUAGCGUGCAGUCGGCACAGCGUCGCAUACGUGCCAUGAUGAUGUCGACGAAUCCGCCGCCGGUUACCAAGAAGCAAAAAGCUGCCAAAGAACAGUCCGCCGCCGCCGCCGCUGCAGCAGCUGCUGCCGCUGCCGGCAGUGGGACUCAGCAACUGCCGCAGCAACAGCAGCAGCAGCAGGUAACACAGCAACAGCAGCCACAACCAUCACUGCAACAGCCGCAGCAGUCGCAACAACAGUCGCCACAGCAACAACAACCACAACAACAACAACAACCAUCUGCGUCAAGUCAGUAAGCAAAGUAGUAAAACAAAAACAAAAAUAUACGCGUUUCAAUUCGUUUUGUUGAAGCAUUUUUAUUAUAUAAUAUUUUUUUAUUUUUAUUAUUAUUAUUUUUUUAUUAAAUUAAAUGCAGAGAAAUGUGUAUGAUGAUGUAUUUAGGUUUUCUAAUAUACUAUAAACAUAAUUAUUAUUAUGAACAAUAUUUCUUUUUUAAACAUCAAUAAUGAUUGAUCGUCGAUGUGGACAUUAAUGAUGAUGAUUAUAAUGAUUAUGAUGAUAAUGAAAGAAAAAAUAGUAAUGAUGUCAAGAACAUAGUAAUGAUGAUUUUUGUCAAGCAUAAAAUUUAAAACAAAAGAGAAAUAAUUUUAGAAGAAACAGAAAAAGCAUUCAAAGAAGACAACCAGCCUAAUUUACAUUAAAGCAAAAAUAAAAAUAAAACAAAAAACAAUUAUAAUUCAAAAAUGCAGUCAAAUAAACAAAAAAAAAUAUUAUGAAUGUUAAACCAUAACAAAAAAUAAAAACAUUAUGAGCAGCGCUAAUAAAUCCGGCAGACGAAAAAACAAAAAAAAACACAAAUUUGUUCGCUUAAAUAACAAAUAAGAAACAUUAGGCGCGAAAUUAAGAACAACUACAACAAUUAAUAAUACGAAAAUACAAAAAUUACAAGUCGGAAACAAAAACAUUCAGAAAGAAAAUAAA